GUAGGGGGUAGGAUGAGCCCACUGUUGCAGGAGGGUGGUUGGGGCUCGCAACCGACUAGGAGGAGGAGGACUUGGGGGGUGACAUGGCAAAUGUCACGGAGGCAGUCGAUGGCGUUGAGGUUGCUGGUGAGGGCACUUCUUCGGUGGGCGGCAUCAACAUUCGCCACGAUCCCACAACGCCAUCCACAUCGAGAUCGGCGCAGAGGUUAGUGCAAGUGAAGGAGGGUGGGGAAUCUGGGGAUGAGGAUGAGGACGAUGACGACAAUGAGGACAACAUCCCUGGCGAGGAGUGGGUGGACGAGAGAUCGAACUCGGACAGAUCGUGGACGAGGAGAGAGGACUCGGACAAAUCGUGGACGAGGAGAGAGGACAUCGUCCCCUAUGUUGCAGGCACACGAUCUGGACUGAGGUCCUUGACUCGGGCGCGGCCAGAGGAGCAACAGAGGGAGGAUCCAGUGAGAGAGGAGAAGAAUGUGGAGGAUGGGCAGCAGAGGGAGGAGCAGCAGGUGGAGGCCGACCAGCGGGAGCUGCACCACGAGGAUGAGCGGCCUGCAGAGGAGCAGCAGGAGCAGCGACACCGUCACACCAGCAGGAGGAGCAGCAGAUGGAGGGGGGUGAGGACCAGCAGCAGCACAGGGACGAGAAGCAGCAGCAACAGGAGAGGGGUGAGGAGCAGCACCAGGAGAGGGAUAAGGAGCAGCAACGUCAUCAAGGGGAUGAGGAGCAGCAGCAGCAUGACAGUAAUUAGGAGCAGCAACAACAUGAGAGGGAGGAAGUAGCAACAUGAGAGGGAGGAUCCUGAAAACCAACAGCAGACAGCAGUGCAGUCGGACAGAGCUGCACACAAGGAGGGUGAGGCAGAGGGCGAGCAGGGUCGCAGCAAGGUGCGAGGAUUUCACGGUUCCAGUCAGCAGUUGCCUCUCGUUGGGCGGCAUGGAGCACAACCCGACCGCGUAUGGGAUCUG